GGCAAAGGUUGAUCCGACUGAUUUAACUUUUCAAUACGACAUCGUUUUUGUUUCAGAGUUAUGUUUCCUUGUGCUGAUAGCAGAUUACAAGAUUUAUGAAUCAAAAACCAAAGCAAACACGAACAGAGACAAGUGAACUUGUAAUGGUCUUUAAUUUGUUAAAACGAGGAUUUAUUUUUUCAUUAUUUUAAAAUUUUUCUUUUUUUCUCAGUUGAUUUAAAAUCUAUUUAUGGAUUAAAUGAAAAAGCUUGAGUAAAAGGGGUAAAGAGGCUGCUGAAAAUCUGAGCUAAAACAUGCCUUUUUGAGCUUUUCCAAUCCAUGGCGGAAGAUCUCUGUUCCUUCACCAAGGAUACUUUUAUUUUAAAGUCUACUAAGAAGUCUCCGCUCGUUUUGAGGAUGAUUGUCUUGAUGUUCGUAAUGGUAUGUGGUGUGUAUAUAUGCUCAAUUUGUAUAAAGCAAAUCAGCACCCGCACCAAUACUGAAUUUUUGAAUGUUCAAGUCAUUGAUAGACCUUGUCCAGUGCCUUAUAUUGAGCCAUGGGAAAUUCCUUACGUGCAUUACCCAGAGCCGAAAAUUUUUAGCAGGGCUGAGUGUAAAUGCAAUCCUGUACAGUAUUUCGCCAUUCUGUCAAUGCAGCGAUCAGGCAGUGGAUGGUUUGAGACGUUACUAAAUAAUCAUACUAAUAUUAGCUCGAAUGGGGAGAUUUUCUCAGUUAAAGUAAGGAGGAGUAAUAUCUCAUCAAUUUUUGAGACUUUGGAUAAAAUUUAUAAUCUAGAUUGGUUUACAAGUGCUUCUAAGAAUGAGUGCACUGCAGCGGUUGGCUUGAAGUGGAUGCUUAAUCAGGGGCUACUGCAGCACCAUGACGAAAUAGUAGAGUACUUUAGGACUCGGGGUGUUUCAGCUAUAUUUCUCUUCCGAAGAAAUCUUUUGAGCAGGAUGAUUUCAGUACUUGCAAAUUCUCAUGAUCGAGAUGCAAAGCUAUUAAAUGGGACCCACAAAUCACAUGUUCAUUCACCCCAUGAGCGGUUUCAGGCCAAGAUACUUGCAAAAUACAAGCCUUUAAUCAAUACAACACUAUUGAUACGCAAUCUGAAGCAAGCAGAAGACACACAAGCCAAAGCUUUGGGGUAUUUCAAGAGCACUCGGCAUAUAAUCCUUUACUAUGAAGAUGUACUAAAAAAUUGCACUAAAUUGGUAGAUGUUCAAGAAUUUCUAAAGGUUCCCCGAAGAGAAUUAAGGAGUCGGCAAGUCAAGAUACACAAAGAGGCAUUAUCCAACUAUGUCGAAAAUUGGGAUGUUGUCCAAAAGGCACUAGAAGGAACUCGGUACCAGGGCUUCCUACACGGGGAGUACCGAAAGUAGAACACUUGAAGCCACCUAAAUAGCUGAGGUUUUCUUCUUCUGUACUCUUUUCUAGCAGGACCCAACAGGAAACCACCCUGUUGAAAUUUUGGCUGCGGCAUGUCCAUUUUCUUUCAACUUUGCUUUUUCCUUGCAAUUAAUUGAUUCUCUUUUUUUUCAUUCUCAUUGUUUUCAAGCUAGCCAUUGGUCAAAAAAAUAACCCAUUGACCUAUACUUUAUUAUACUAACCGUUGAUCAAAGUUGAAGGAUAAGAAAUUGUCAAAUGCCUCAAUUUUUUGCACCA